AUGUCUAACGCCAAAGUUAUCAUCGUCGGAGGUGGUCUUUCCGGUUUGAGCGCAGCUCACACCGUUCUGGAACGAGGUGGCAAUGUGCUCCUCCUCGACAAGAACAGCUUCAUGGGUGGUAACUCGACAAAGGCAACCAGUGGUAUCAACGGUGCCGCCACACAGGCUCAGGCCGAUCUUGGCAUUCCCGAUACUUCCGCCAAGUUCUUCGCCGACACCAAGAAGUCCGCCCGUGAACUCGCCCGAGAUGACCUGAUCAAGGUCCUCACCUACAAGUCAGGAGACGCCGUCAACUGGCUUGUCGAGCGAUUUGGCCUCGACUUGUCCAAGGUCUCGCGUCUGGGUGGACACUCGCAGGAACGGACACACCGAGGUGGACAGCAGUUCCCGGGUAUGACCAUCACCUACGCGUUGAUGGAGAAGCUCGAAGACCUCGCCGAGAACAAGCCGGACCGCGUCAAGAUCUUGAAGAAGGCCAAGGUCAGCAAGUUGAUCCAGGAGGGCAACAACGUCCUCGGUGUCGAGUACGAGAAGGACGGCAAGAAGUUCACCGAGCACGGUACCGUCAUUCUGGCCACCGGAGGUUACGCUGCCGACUUUACUUCUGACUCUCUGCUCAAGAAGCACCGACCUGAAUACUACAACUUGCCUACCACCAACGGUGACCACUGCACUGGUGACGGACACAAGAUGGCCAUGUCGAUCGGAGCCAAGGGUAUCGACAUGGAAAAGGUCCAGGUCCACCCUACUGGUCUUGUCGACCCCAAGGACCCCGACGCAAAGGUCAAGUUCCUCGCUGCUGAGGCCCUUCGUGGUGUCGGCGGUCUCCUCCUCGAUAACACCGGGAACCGCUUCGUCGACGAGCUGCAGCACCGAGACUACGUUACCGGAAAGAUGUGGGAGAACAACAAGUUCCCUAUCCGCUUGAUCCUCAACGGCACCGCGUCCAAGGAGAUCGAAUGGCACUGCAAGCACUACGUCGGUCGUGGCCUCAUGAGGCGGUUCGGAAGCGGUGACGAGCUGGCCAAGGAGAUCGGAUGCUCGCCCGAGGUGUUGAAGAAGACUUUCGAUGACCACAACAAGUACAGCAAGAACCCCGGAUCCGACCCAUUCGGCAAGAAGUUCUUCAAAGGUGGAGAGUGGAAGAUGGACGACCAGUUCCACGUCGCUCUCAUGACCCCCGUUCUCCACUACACCAUGGGUGGUCUCGAGAUCGGAACCGACUCUGCUGUGAUGGACGCCAACGACAAGGCCAUCCCCGGUCUUUUCGCCUGUGGUGAGCUGGCCGGUGGUGUACACGGUGCCAACCGUCUCGGAGGGUCUUCGCUUUUGGGAUGUGUCGUGUUCGGUCGUGUCGCCGGUGACUCUGCCGCAUCGCACCUUCUCGGCCAGCUCGCUACCCAGAGCUCCAGCUCGGGCGGUGGUGGUUCCGGUCAGCUCCUCGAGACCCGUAUCCGCGUCGACCCCAACAGCAAGAAUGUCAACCUCGAGUUCUCAUGGGCCGGCCAAGGGGGCGCCUCGUCCUCCAGCUCUGGCUCGCAGCAGUCCCAGGUCCAGUCUCACGACGCCUCGGCUGCUCCCGCCGAGUCUGCACCUGCUCAGCAGGGCGACCGGACCGCCGCUCAGCUCGAGCCCGAGAAGCUGCCCGAGACCAAGGCGAAGAAGGAGGACAAGGCUGGCGGAGAGUACACGAUGGAGGAGGUUGCCAAGCACAACAAGGAGAGCGAUAUCUGGGUCGUGAUUGAUGGUCAGGUCCUCGAUGUUACCAACUUCCUCAGCGAGCACCCGGGAGGCGCCAAGGCGAUCAUGCUCUACGCUGGCCGAGAUGCGACGGAGGAGUACCAAAUGAUCCACCCGCCAAAUGCGAUCCAGAAGUACGCGGCCGACACUGUCAUCGGCAAGGUCAAGGCUUAG